GCAGAACUCAAGAAAAUUGGUCGAAUUAAAAGCAACAGGCAAAACGUCUGUUUGUAUAAGGGGGGUCUGCCACGUGGGUGCGGAGCGAGGGGGUUGGCGGAGCCGGUCUGAAGCCAGGACGCUGCGCAGUGAGGGUUGGUUUGAAGCGAGGCAGGGCGGCACCGUAGAGAAGAACCGGCUCGGAGGCAAGGCCGACUUGGAUGCAGCAUCCGAUGGACAGGUUGCGGCCUAGGAAAGCUCGUGCUUCUUCAUGCUCGGCGGUCAACUCCCAAGGGCGUCGCGUGGCCGAUCAAAAGAAAUGCCGGGAAACGCUUCCUUGUGUGUCGCGGCGCGUGGUAUGUGAGAGCCGUGGUUCGCGCUGAUCUCUGCGGUACCGCGCUCAGGAAAGCACGGUGGACCCCUCGACGGUUGCUCUUCCUUUUCUUCUUAGAAACAGCAGCCCUUUGACCCUGUGCUUUCUGUCGCUAAGGUGCUGUUUUCUUGGAUAUCGGCAGCGCAUUGCCUGAUCUGGCUCUUGAAAUACAAAAGUUCACGGUAACCAGGUUAAGAAAAGUCGCUCCUGGUACACGGGUAUUUGAUCUGAAACGUCGCACAACCGGAAGCCUAGUGCCCCGUUAAGGGCCUUGGCUUAAUGCAAGUUGAGUGGAAAGCAUCAUCUGAAUUCUCUAUGCCGUCACAUCUCUCGAUGGCCUGUACUUCUCAGACCUCUCAUCCAAGCACGGCCCUCUUUAGCUGUGAAGCCUGAAUGGAUCACGAGAGCUGUUGAAGCACCACGAUGCUGCUGGGAAAGCUCGUACAGCCAGCUCGCAGCCUGAAGAAACUGUCAUCCCCGGGCACGUGCAGACACUUCUGGGGAUGGCUGAAUGCAGUCUUUAACAAGGUGGACUAUGAACGUAUACAGGCGGUGGGCCCAGAUAGAGCAGCUUCUGAAUGGCUCCUGCGGUGUGGGGCGCUGGUGCGUUUCCAAGGCUAUGAAAAAUGGCAGCGUGACUACAAUGGUCUCCCAACAGGGCCAUUAGGGAAAUACAAGAUACAAGCCAUUGACGCCACCGAGUCCUGCAUCAUGUACAGAGGAUUUGACUAUUUGGAUGGUCUUGAACAUGUUGAAGAAAUUAAGCUGUGCAAAUGUAUAUAUAUCCAGGAUGAGUGUCUGCAGAGACUGAGUCAGACUGUGAAUUUACAGAAAAGUCUCCUGAGGCUGGAGAUCAUUUCCUGUGGGAAUGUCACAGACAGAGGCAUCAUAGCCCUCCAGAAGCUAAGGAACCUAGAAUAUUUAUUCUUGAGUGACCUUCCUGCAAUAAGACAGAGAGAAACUACAGUUCAAAUCCUUAAGAAAUCACUGCCGUCACUUGAGGUGAAACUCGAUUUAGAAUAAAAUCAGCUUUGUGUAACUGAAGUAUGUUAUUUUGUAUUUAUCAUGAAUUGUAUUGAUUAUGUUGCAGUUGCCACUGUAUUUCAUUUCCUGCUACAGCCAGCCUUCUCAUUCUGGGCUCUGCAGCUAUUUCAAAAACCUGACCAACUGCAUAAUUAAAUUUCAUUAAAUUUAA